UCUGUCGCGACUUUGGGGAGGUCCCCGCUUUACGGGAAAGGGAGAAGGAAGGGCAAAGCCGGUGACUCACCGCUCCCUGCCCAUAAAACGGCGCCGUCCCGAGCGCUGCCGCACGAUGGCUCCGUGCUCCCACCCCGACGGUACGGGCACGGCGUUCAGGGGAUGGGAUUUGGGCUAUGGGGGGGUACGGGGGGGCUGCAGCCCGGAGCUCAGCCCCGUUUGUACCCGCAGUGCCCUCCAGCCGCCUGGUGCUGCCCCUGCUCUGCUGCGCCUUCGCCUCCUGCAGCGCAGCAGCCAUGGCCCCGCAGCCCCCCCGCAUCACCUGGCUGAGGAUCCCGGCGCAGCCCCCCCAGAUGGGCAGCAACGUGAGCGUCUCCUGCGAGGCUGAGAGCGCUCACCCGGAGCUGACGCUGCUCUACUGGUUGGCAAACGGGUCGUUCGUGGAGCAGCUGCAGCCCAACGUGCGCGAAGGGGCGGUGCGAGAGGAAGAGCGUGGUUCGCUGGUGAUCCUCCGUCGGGAUCUGCAUUUCAACUCUUUCAGCUUCCAGGAUCUGAGGACCAACUUCACCUGCAUGCUGCUCAGCCCAUUCGGCGUGGACGUGAGGGAGAUGAAAUGGGCUCCCCCCAGCGACGAGGGUGGGGAAACGGGCUGAGACCAAGCAGAACUCGUGACGGGUGUGAGCCCAACAGUGUGGGGCCGAGGGCUGCCCCAUUGGAUGCUGUGUGUGGGGCUCCUGGUGGGGCAGGGGGGCUUCAUUAAAGUGACUGCCUGGUGAGCUGCGUGCGCAGGGCUGGUAAAUAAAUGCAAUAAAAGCAAUGCUUUCAUUAUUUGGGAAGAGCCUUGGACCGUUCCCUGCUGCUGUUUCACAUCCAACAGCGGCACCGAAAGCAUCAGGAGCAGAAAAGCAGCAUCUGCAGUUUCCAUGAGAUGCGUUGGCACGUCGCUGCCCUGCUGUCCACGUGCAGGGGAGCAGUGGGAAGGCGUAGAGCUCAGGGCUCUCUCAUGUCCACCAGGACUGCGGCUAUCAGGAGGAGCACAGCCAAAGAAAGAGCAAUAGAUGCCCUGCUGUUGAAGGUAUGGCAGCAAAGCAGAUGCCUGAACUGAACACAGCGCCAGUGCCGCGUUGUUUGGGCUGCCCCCACCAUAAUUUGGAGGUUCACAGUGACGGUGACUGCAAGCCUUCAUCCAACGACCACCAGAGACCCCAACCCCAUUUAUAGCACUCAUGCUCAGGAGGCUGGCACAGUAUGUGCAUUGCUUCUCACAGCUCCGGCCCGUUUUCCUGGGAUGCUGUGUGUACUUCAGCCUUUAUAUGCAGUCACUGCUGUUGUUGGUGUGUGAGGUCGGCUCCUCCAGUCCACCCAAGACAAAGCUGCUUGUCCACCUCUGCUGAUCUUCACAGCCAUAAGCAGCAGCGCUGUGACAUGGCGGCAGCCCCCGCUCAGCCCCGGAUAAUUCCCAGCUGUCAGUAAGUCUUAUCAUCGAAAGCGCCUCAUGCAGGCAGAUUGGGGCCAAAACCAACACUGUUUUCUUUCACCCCAUCACGCAGAGGCUCAAAGGUUGUUUGAAAUUGAUGCGUAAAUGACCAUCUAGGGUGGUGAG